GCUAUUUAACAACAACAACAUAUCCAAAGAAAAAGAAAAUCACAAUAUAAAAAUCAGAGUUCAUCAUAGUUGAAAAAGGCAAAAUUUUAAAAAUGGAGAAGACCAAAGAAACAGCUGCUAACAUCGGUGCUUCAGCCAAAUCUGGUUUGGAGAAGACCAAAGCUAACGUCCAAGAGAAGACUGAGAAGUUGACGGCACAUAAUCCCAUGGAAAAGAAGUUGGCAACACAGAAGAAAAAUGAAAGGGUUGCCCAGGCUGAGCUAGAUAAGCAGGCGGCGCGUAAUCACAACGCUGCGGCAACGGCGGGGAACACCUUGGGGCAGGGUCGACACCACACCACUGGUACUGGCGGAAAUCCAAAUGCCACUGGGCAUGGAACUGGCGCUACUCACCACCAUUGAGUAAUAAUGUGUCAUCGUGAUAAAUAAAAGAAGGUUGUUAAGUUGUAUGUUUGUUUUCUUUGACUCAUCGUUGAUUCAUUUCUUUUUCUUUUUUUUUUUCUUUCUAAAUGAUGUUAUGAAAGGUCAAUGAACUUUCUAUCAUUCAGUUGUAUUUCACUUUGAAUAAAUAAAUAUAAAAUUGGACAACAA